CGGGGUCGAGGGGGCGGACCCAACGGUGAGGGGGUGGAGCCUGGGGGCGUUCCCCGCGAGGUUUUGAGAGUGAGGUGGCAGGAGCGGUGGCCAUGGCGGCGCCGGAGGAGAGAGACUCGCAGGUUGCUGCGUGGUUGAAAAAAAUAUUUGGAGACCAUCCCAUUCCACAGUAUGAGGUGAACCCACGGACGACAGAAAUUUUAUAUCACCUUUCGGAACGCAACAGGGUCCGGGACAGGGACAUCUCCCUGGUAAUAGAGGACUUAAAACAGAAAGCAAGUGAAUAUGAAUCAGAAGCCAAGCAUCUUCAAGACUUUCUCAUGGAGAGUGUGAAUUUUUCCCCGGCCAAUCUGUCUAACACUGGUUCCAGGUUUCUGAAUGCAUUGGUUGACAGUGCAGUAGCCCUGGAAACAAAGGAUACUUCACUAGCAAGUUUUAUUCCUGCAGUGAAUGAUUUGACUUCUGACCUUUUUCGUACCAAGUCCAAAAGUGAAGAAAUCAAGCUUGAAUUGGGAAAACUUGGAAAAAAUCUGACUGCAACAUUAGUGUUAGAAAAAUGUCUACGAGAAGAUCUCAAGAAGGCAGAGCUGCAUCUGUCUGUGGAAAGGGCCAAAGUUGACAGUCGUCUUCAGAACAUGGACUUCCUGAAGGCAAAGGCAGCGGAGUUCAGGUUUGGAAUCAAAGCUGCAGAGGAGCAACUUUCAGCCAGAGGCAUGGAUGCGUCUCUGUCUCAUCGGUCACUAGUGGCACUUUCAGAGAAACUCACAGAACUAAAACAGCAGACGAUACCCCUGAAGAAGAAAUUGGAGUCCUAUUUAGAUUUAAUGCCGAAUCCAUCUCUUGCUCAAGUGAAAAUUGAAGAGGCAAAGAGAGAAUUAGAUGCCAUUGAAGCUGAACUUACCAAGAAAGUAGAAAUGAUGGAGCUGUGACUAGAGCCAAGUAGACAUCCUUUUCCCAAGAAGUAAAUGGCUGUUCUUAGAGGAGAUAAUAAUAUCCUUCCCGAUAAAAUAACAGUUUUUGGUCAUGCAUUUAAAUUUUUUGGCCUAAAUACAGUUUUCAUAUGAAAAAGCA